AUGAAUGUUGAAGAGAUAGUCAAGGCCAUCGAGCCUCUGAAGGGAGAGGUCGUCCCGGUCAGGACCAUACAAGAGACUCGACCACCAGAGGACUUUGCCGAUGCCAUCGUUGCGGAGGUCAAUGUCAAAGCCGCUUCCAAGGUGAUCAAAGUUCUUGACGCUGCCUUCCCUCGCGAUGCCUCUAUGGGCCACCUGCGCCGCUUUGCGAAACGGACCAUGCUCCCAGAUCAUCUCCUCCAAGAGAUUGAAGCCGACACGUCCGCCCCCGCGAAUAACGGCCAGACAAUCUUUGUCGUAAUUCCACCUCCCUUGCCGGAUGUCGAGUCCCUGCAGGAGCUACUGGCUCCCUUCGCACCAGUGCCUCGCCGUCGCAGCUCUGCUACACCCCCCGCAAACCCCCCCCUCCGCUCCCCGGAGCCUCAGCCCCCCCAAAUCCGUAUCCUCAAGACCCAGGUCCCGAUCUACCCCCCCUUUACCGCUGCCCAGGGCGAAAAAUGGACCAAGACGAUGUGGCCGGUGGUCUUCAACCCCGCCGCACCCCGCUCCACCGUCGCUCCCCCACCUCAGGUUCUCACUCGUGUGCAGGAAUCUAUCAGGCCCCGCUCGGGAUUCUACCUCGCCCUGGCGCGAAAGGUCGCCGAAGAAUCGAAGCAGACCGGCCGCGGUCGGGGCGUCGGGGCUGUCAUCGUUGACCCCUCCAUUGAGGAUCGGCUUGAGAACCAGGCUUGGCGAGAUGACACUGAUUCUACGGACCGCUGGAUGGAUGCUGUCGUCUCCGUGGGAGGCGAUGUUCGAUAUGCACGCUCUGAGGCCGGUGCGUCCUCCCAGACUGACCUCCACUCCGGCGUGGCCCCAAACCCGGCGAGCACUAUCUAUGAUCCUGACCUCGAGGGAGGUCCGGAUUUGCACGCCCUGAUGCGCGCGGCAGAGCUCGUCGCUCGUCGCCGACGUGAGGAGGGUGACCACCUUUCGCAAUACGAUGACUCGAUCCUUCCCGUCAUCGCGACAGACCCGCAGCUGUCUACCAAGCUCAGCCCACUGGAGUCACACUUCCUGUACGAAGUUUGCGGCCAAUCCGCAAACCCGGAGCCAGAGAACUCCGUCGCUACUCCCUUGUCGCCGAAGAAGCGCAAGCACGAAGAGGCCAAUCCAGAGAUUGCCAUGGCCUCGCUUGACGUUAACCUCGAAGCAACCGACUCAGUCGACCCACUCACCACCCUCCCAGCUCCGCCACCCCCCACCGCAGCCAUAGCCAUCCCUGAAUCAACCCCGGUAAUCGGUUACGUGUGCUCACCCCCAGAUUUCUGGGGAUGUUCAUCUCCCCCGGAAACUUCCCGCAUCCGCACCCGCUCCCAGGGCGGAUACCUCUGCACAGGCUUGGACAUCUACCUCUCCCACGAGCCGUGUUUGUGCUGCUCAAUGGGAAUGCUCCUCUCACGCUUCCGCGCAGUGAUCUUCCCCCGCGCCGGCCGUAUGCAGGGCGGUGGUAUCGCAUCGGAGCCCGUUGUUCAUCCUACCCCCGGAGACUGGAAUUCCGAUUCCGUGGCCGAAGACGAGCAGGAUGAUGAGAUCGAGGGCCGAGAGUAUUACGGCCUCCACUGGCGCAAGGAACUGAACUGGCGUGCUCUCGGGUUUGAGUUUGUGGAGACUGAUGGCGCAGGAGAGGACUGGGAGGUUGAUGUGGCCGAGGAGGGUGAUGGCGAGGACCUGGCCUUCCAUGCAUAA